AUGCAAAGUUCUAAUCUAGCUUCUAGUUUUUCAAUUUUGCGAUACUUAGCGAUAACUUCAGUAGAAUCGUAUCCUAAUGGAGGUUUUCGUCGAGGGGGUUUUAAUAGAUUCGGUAAUCAGUUUGGUGGCGGAUUUGGUGUUGGCAAAGGAAGAGGAUCUGGUAGUGGCUACGGUGCCGGCUUUGGCGGUGGAUAUGGAGGUGGCCAAGGUGGUGGAGGUGGUGCUGGAUUUGGUGGAUAUGGAGAUGGCCAAGGAGGAGGAUCUGGUAGUGGAUUCGGUGCCGGCUUUGGUGGUGGAUAUGGAGGUGGCAGUGGUGCUGGAUUUGGAGCUGGUUUUGGUGCUGGAGGUAAUGGAUUUGAAGGUGGAUUUGGGAACAACAACAUUGGAAAUAGAAAAUAUUAA